UAGAUUAAUUAUAUUGUCGUCUGCUGGAUCUCCUGCGAUAAGGUUUUUACAAACGUUCAGCUAUUAUAAAUGCGUUGCCUUAGAACACUUUCAGAGCUAUGGACAAUUUUAGUCGUAAUCUGAAAAGGCUCCAGAAUGGAGUUGGAUCUGACAAUUGGUGGGCCAGACGCCUUUAUAUAAACAAACUCGUGUUUCAUCAUAUCUUGUGAUAACAAUAAUUUAUUCAAGGACGAACUGGAGUGGAUAAAGAAAUAAACCCAAAAAAAAAAGACACCAAAGUUUAUAAUAUUUUUUUUUUAUUCUCCUGUUCCUUAAGGAACUUUUUAGACAACAAAGCAGCACUCGACAUAAUUGCCAAUCGUCAAACCAUCAUCAUUUAAAAAAUAAUUAAAUAACAAAAAACCAAAAUAAUAUUAAUAAAGGACAAGGAUACAGUGUCCUUAAUAAACAAAAAAAUAUACAAAUAUUCAUCUUGUUUGUGGCCAAGAGGCCACCCAUCAUUAAAAUUCAAUAUUAUUUAAUUUUCUAAUUCAAAAUUUAUUUAAUAUGUCACUCAGAGGAGAUAACGUGUUCACCUGACACAAAAUAAAAAAAUUCAAAUAAAUAAAAAGUUAUAUUGCGAAAGUGAUUUAAAUCUUUCUUAAAAAAGAACAUUAAAAAAAAAAUAAAUAAACUUAUUUUUCUUAUUAAUUUAAUUUAAUUUCAUAUUUUUCGAGCAUAAAACGGAAUUUAAAUAAAUAAACUGCCGCAUGUUGGUUCUACGUUCAUCAUCACGGUUAUCGACUACUCACAAAAACUCGACAAAAAGGACAUUACUGCAACUGGACAACAACAAUAACAAUAACUGCCCCCAACAACAAAAACAACUUCUAACGUCUUCUUCUAAAUUAAUUUCGUCCUUAAACUAUUCUAAUAAAAGAAUAUCUAAAAAACAACAACCCAGCAUCCCCACCGUUUUCCAAAGGACUACAACUAUUACAAAGGAACAAACCGAAAACAUCAACUAUAAUAAUCAUCAACAUCUACCACAACAACAACAACAUUUGAACGCUCAAUUUCUAAUUACUACUGUGAUACAAAAACUUCCAUUCUUAAUGAAUGAAAUUCGGACUAAAAAGAAUUUCAGUUCAAUAUUAAAUAAUUGUUCACCGUUUACGAACAAAAAAUACCACACAACACAUCUACUACGUCAUCAGCAGGCCAGUAAAUCGAACAAAGUGUUUUUACGUUACACACCACGCGAUCCACGUCUAAGAUUUAUAAUUAAUAAACACUCUGAAUUAAGUGAAUAUUUAUGUAAUUAUGGCGAAUUAAUUGGCGGCAACGUUAUUUGUAGUAGUGAAAAAAAUUAUAGUAGUAGUAGUAAAAGUAAAAAUAGUAGUUUAAUUUCUUUCAGUGUAUUACCUAGUUUUAGAUCAAAGUUUUCCAAACAAUUACGGCAUGGUGAUAAAAUAUUCAUUAAGAAUUCAUCAUUUAUUCAUGGUGAAUGCAAGAAGAAAAACAACAACAAGAAAUUACUUAAAAGUAUUUAUUAAUUAAACAAAAUAAAAA